AUGGCUCUAAAAGAUGGUUUAGUGAAGUUGAAAGCCUUUGCAGCGGCGUGGUGGUUCCCAGUUCUGGUUGGCAUCCUUUCUGGAGCCAACCUCUUCCUCCUCGUCAUGUCAGCGCCUUUGGUCAUCCUCUACUGUUCCGCAGUUUUGGCCAACCCGAAGAGAUGGCUGUACACCGCGAUUGCCAACGCUGUAGGGACAGUGCUGGGGUGCCUCAUCCUGGUGAUCCUGAUGGAGGAGCGCGGCAUCGACUUCAUCAAGGAAUCGUUCCCCUCCACCUUCACCAGUAAGUGGUGGUCAUGGUCAGAAGGCAUGAUGCAGGCCUACGGCCCUGUUGCCGCCAUACCCAUCUCAGCCAUGCCCAUCAUCUUGCAUCCCCUGAUCUUCUUCGCGAAGCUGUCAAAGAUGAGUGACUUCGUUCUGCUCACAGCCAUCCUUAUCGGCCGCAUCGUGAAGUACAGCAUCAUGGCACAGAUGGCCCUGACGGCACCCCACCUGCUGAAGUUCUUCGGAGCCUCUCAGGAGGUCAUCCAGGCAGUGAAGAAGACUAAAGCGAACUGA